UUAAGUCUUCACCUCCUCCGGUCAACCAUCUUCGCAAUCUCAACUCCAUUCGGUGCCAAUUCCGCCUCUGACCGAUGGGGCUCUCCCGCACCGCCCUUCUCCUCCUCGCCGUGGCCGCGCUCUCCCUCCUCUCCGCCGACGCUGCCCUCUCCGCUCCCGCCACCAAGGUGUGCGUGCUUGGUAGCGGCAUAGGCGGUUCCUCGGUGGCACAUUUUCUCAAGCAAUACACCUGCGAAAGUGUCACGACUCCUUGUAUCGACAACAUCCGCAUCUUUGAGCGACGGGAAAAGGUUGGCGGUCGCAUGGCCACCGUCACCAUCGGCGGAGACACCUUCGAGGCCGGGGCUUCCAUCAUCCACCCCAAGAAUCUCCACGCCGUCCGCUUUGCCCGUCUCCUCAACCUCAAUACCAAAACCGGUGACGACUCCGAUUCCGAUCCAAAGUCCAACGUUUCCUCCUCGUCCUCCUGGUUCGGUAUUUGGGAUGGAUCUGUGUUCGUAUUCCAGACCCUCCCACCUCCUUCCCCCUCAAGCUCCGCGAUCUACCGCAAGAUGUACCCUUUAUUGAACUCGCUGGUCCUUGCAUGGCGCUAUGGAUUCUCCCUCCUCAGGAUGGAUCGCUUCGUCAAGGAAAUGAUUGAAAGGUUCAUUCUUUACUACAACGAUUUCGAGUCCCGGCCUGUGUUUGAGACGGUGGAGGAGAUGCUCAAGUGGUCGGGGUUAUACGGACUGACCCAUCGGACACUUCAGGAGGAAUUGGCUGAUGCAGGCUUGUCUUCACGGCUAGUAUCGGAGUUAGUAACAGUAAUAACAAGAAUUAACUAUGGUCAGAGUGUUAGCAUCAGUGGACUAGCUGGGGCAGUUUCCUUAGCCGGUUCUGACUCCGGAUUGUGGUCGGUGGAAGGGGGAAACUGGCAGCUUGCUGCAGGGCUGAUUAGUCACACCAAUGCCACACUGCAUCUCCAUGAAGGAAUAGAUUCGAUCUCCUAUGUUGGAGGGUAUUAUGUGCUCAACUCUACAAAGGGGAACUCAUACGCCUGUGAUGUGACAGUGAUUGCUACUCCACUAGAUGAGCUAAAUAUGACCAUUAGCCCUCCAAUUUCAGUUCCCGGUAGAAGUUUACAGCAUACAUUUACAACUUUCGUGAGGGGUCUCCUUAACCCUAAAUACUUUGGACUGAAUUCUGCAUCGGAAAUUCCAGACCUUGUGGGCACACUUGAGCUUCCUGAUAUUCCGUUCUCAUGUAUAUCUGUUCUUAAGAAAUACAGCGAAGAAGAUAUGACUUAUAAGAUGUUCUCUCGUGCACAAUUGGCUGACGUCUUGCUCGAUCAAAUAUUCAGCAAACGGAAGGAAACUGUCCGGAUAAACUGGCCUGCAUAUCCUCAUUAUGAAGCGCCGGAGGUGUUUGCCCCCAUAGUUCUGGAUGGGUUGCAUUUAUAUUACAUUAAUUCCUUUGAAAGUGCUGCUAGUACAAUCGAGACCAGUGCAGUCGCAGCCGAGAAUGUGGCACGACUAAUUAUCUCAAGGAUAUCUAGUCCAUCGGCAAAUGCUCCAUUAAUCAUUUCUCCUCAUUCCGCUGAAGGAAUUCUGCACACCGAUCUGUAAGAGAGGGAUGAAUAAACAGGCCUCGGAUUAACCUAGUUGGAUCUUUAUUGUGUACACUCAUGUUUUAAUCAGUAUCCUAGUGUGUAAAGACUGGUUUUAAGGUUAAGUGAAAAUGGAGUGGCAAUAUUAUGUUCUCUAAUUGAGAAGGCUUAAUUUUGUAUUUUGUAUUUUGUAUGUCACUGACAUUUGUACAGUUUAAUCUUUUGUUGAUUGCUAUUGUAAUGAUUUUUGUCA